CUUCAUUGAGCGGAGAUGGACGACAUGGGGAUGAGCCUUGACGACCAAGAAAAGGUUCGUCUUGCAUCUGACUUUGUGAUGCUUGCACCUCCAGGAGAGUUUCACCAAGUUUUUAAAGAUGUGCAAAUACUGCUUGACAAUGAUGAUCUGGUGGAAGAGGGGGUUUCUCAGGCGGUGGCCCAGCAUGACAUGGAUCAGUUCAUCCGUGCCAAAAUUGGGGGAUAUGAUGAUGAGGUUCUGAUAACAGUACAUGGAGACCUGGGUAAUGGCCGCUUCUUCGAUCCUCGCAACGAAAUCUCCUUCAAGUUUGACCACUUUACAAAAGAGGCCAGCGACCCGCAGCCCUACAAGGGUGAGACAGACCUCAGGUCCUGGAGAGAUGCCUGUGAUUCUGCUCUUAGUGCCUACGUUAAAGAUCACUACCUCGACGGAGUCUGCACCGUGUAUGGGGAAACAAUAGAUGGCCAACAGACCAUUAUUGCGUGCAUUGAGAGUCAUCAGUUUGAGUCUCAAAACUCCUGGAACGGUCGUUACAGGUCUGAAUGGAAGUUCAGUGUCACAGGAUCUAACCCUCAGCUGGUCGGCGUGUUGAAAAUACAGGUACAUUGUUAUGAGGAUGAAAAUGUGCACCUGAUCAGCCGGAAAGAUAUUAAGGAAGAUAUGCACAUAACUGACGAGGCCCAGGGUGCAAAGUCACUGAUAAAAAUGAUUCUGAAAACAGAGCACUUGUAUCAGUGCGCCAUCUUGGAGAACUACGAGACCUCAUUGGACAGCGCAUUCAAAGCCUUGCGCAGACAGUUCCCGUACACUCGCACCAAGGUCGACUGGGACAAGAUCGUCGGCUCCAAUCUCGGCACAGAGAUGCAGAAUGCUUAGAGCACAGAUCCUGACGUGUUGACGAAAAGCUGAUCGGGGAAAAAGGCUGAUGGUCGUGCAAAAUUGUGUGAUGCAAUAUGACAGACUGUUUGACCUACCAGAGGAUUGAAGUUUGCAGUGAGCAUUAAGAGGGAGGGAUGCAUUUAUUUUAAAAUGACGUAGGGUGGUGUAGCUGUAAAUGUAUAUUUUCUUUUUAACAAACAAUGCCUUUAGUGACACUGAACGUUUGGCUUGUUCCUGCCAUUCAAAUUUUCACAUCCACAUUGCAGACGCAGAGAUUCUGAUCCCACAGUGUUUCAAACAUACACACAACCUCUCAGGAAAACCUCAUUUUCAUGUAGUGACUAAUUUACACUUUCUGUAUAACAUAACUAAUAUUCUUUGAGAGCUUCCAAUACUUCUGUACCUUUAUUGUUUUUCUUUAAGACAGGGACAAUACUAUAUGCAGUUUGAUGAUACCUGACCAGAGGAGGACAUGAAAGCUGGACCAGCUUCAUCUCUCUUCUUCAAAGUUUACAAUUGUACUUUGUCUUUCUCUCUGUCCGACAUUGUAGGCGAUAAGGUUCCUCUCUGUUUGGGCUGAGGUAUUGAAGACAUUGACAACAUACUUUAUAAUUUUAUAUACAGGUUUCAUUAACAAUGAGAAAGCUUUCUUUUUUUUCGUUAUUUUUUUUUCCUUACUUUAGUGUUCAAGCUGGAAAUUAUUCACUCAAAAUGAUUUAUACUAGGAGCCCAGUCUAUAGGUCAAGGGUCACAUACAAUUUGUUAUCGGUGUUGGGCAAAUCACAUUUAAAAAAUAAUUACUUGUAGUUACUAGUUACUUCUCCAGAAAAGGAACUGAGUUAUUACCUAAUUUACAAUAUUUUAAAAGUAACUAAUUACUAGGCAAAGUAACUAUUGCAUUAUUUAAAAGAAAUGUGUUUAAAUAUGUCAAAGAUGUUGCAUCCCUCCUUGGUUUAAGAUGUAUGUUCAAUUAUUCAUUAAUGGAAUAUAUGGUUUAUUAAAUAAAUGGACAUUUGACAAAAUACAUUACAAACAGGAAAUGCUACAGUUAUCUAAAUUAUUCAAAUGUUACUGUGUGAUAUGAGACAAGACACCAAUCAAACUCGAUUUGAAGCUGUAGAUAGCAUUUCUAUGCUGGUAAAAAUGCUGGAAAAAGUAAUUAGUUAGAUUUAUCGUUACGAAAAAUAGUGAUGCUGUGAGCAGCGAUGCAAAUGGUGACAUCCUUAGAACUUUAGUGACUGAGGAGUUGACAACAAUGCAUGUUAGUAUGAGCAGAAUACCUCUGAUUCAAAUCUGGCCCACCUGUGUGUUCUUGUAGGCCCUCCCUGUAGGUUUUCUUUCAGUCCAAACAAAAUGCAUUUGCAGCAAAGUGGGGACCCAAAACUGUCUCCAGGCAUGAGUGUAUGUGAGACUGCCUCUCUGAAUUUGCCUGGUGAUGGAUUAGUGACCUGUCUUGGGGGUACCCUGCAUUUUUUUGGCUCUGGUAGCAGUUUACCUACACUGGAUAAAAAUAGCACAGGUGAUGCAUGAAUGGAAGACCUUAUCGAUCUGGGUGGACCAGGAAAAUGUUAGCAUACUUUCUGAAAAUGUUAAAAAACACUUGUAAAGCAAACAAACACACACAAAAUAAAAACACUUUAAUGAUCCAGAAAUUUGUUUUUGAGAUGCCAUCUGAUAUUCUCCUGGCCACAAUCAAUCGUUUAUGUAAACCUCAGCCUGUCAGUUUCCAGGCCACAAAUAUCUGGUGCCUUCAGUGUGCAUGUUUGCAUAGA